AUGCCGUCCAUUUUAUAUUCAACAACAUGUUAUAUCAAAAAUGAUCUCUAUCGUUUACGUAUUUAUAUUGAUGAUCAAGAUGAAAAAUCCGAUAUAAUUUCAUCUAAAAAUGUUCAAUUAAGAACAGAUUCUUUGGAUAUUACCGGAACUGACAUUCCAUUCAAUCGUAUAAAACCUGAUUUAACUCGAUUAAAUUUUGAAUUAUUAAAUGAUAAAAAAAUAAAUAAUAACAUUCCGAAUACAAUUAUUCUUAAUCAUUUGCUUAAUAUUCAACAAACAGCAUCAAUAUCAAAAAAAUCUAAUAGAAAUUUUAGUAAUAGUCUUCAGUUACAAACAUUAGAUGUAUCUGAUCGAAAUACCGAUGUUAAAACAAUUCCUAUUUUUGAACAAUCUCAAGAUUCAAGUCAAACACAAUUAACUUCAAAUAAUUCAAAAAGUGGACAAUUUAGUUUUCGAAGAUUUUUUUCUUCAUUGUCAGAUUCAAAUAGUGAAGCUAUUUUAUUAUCAAAAACAACAAUUAAAAUUAAUUAUGUUGAUGUAUCAAAUUCAAUUCGAUGGAAUAUCAAAAGUUUAGAACUUGAAAUGGAUACAGAAGAUGUAGCUAAUGAAUUAUAUUCAAAUUUAAAUUUAUGUUUAACAACAUUAAUACAAAGACCACAUCGUUUGUUAGCUUUUGUUAAUCCAUUAUCCGGCAAAGGUCGAGCACGUCCUGUCUAUGAUAAGAAAGUAUUACCUAUAUUUCAAGAAGCAAACAUAACUGUUGAUACAAUAUAUACAGAACGUGCUAAUCAUGCACGAGAAUAUGUUAUCAAUGAAAUACUUGAUAAUUAUGAUGGUAUUAUAUGUGUUGGUGGUGAUGGGAUGUUUGCGGAAUUAUGUCAUGGUCUUCUAUUAAGAACAGCUCAUGACGAGCAAAUAAAUAUUAACAACCCACAAGUGAAUAUAGUACGACCUAAAUUGCGAAUUGGUAUUAUACCAGCUGGUUCAACAGAUGCUGUCGUUUUUGGCACAACUGGCUUAAAUGAUCCAGUUACAAGUGCACUACAAAUUAUUGUUGGAGAAUCACUUUCAAUUGAUAUAACAACAGUACACAAUGAGAAUGGUUUUGUCCGUUUUAUGGCAACAAUGCUUGCAUAUGGAUUUUUCGGUGAUAUUAUUCAACAGUCAGAUAGAUGGCGUUGUCUGGGUCCAUUACGAUAUGAUUUAGCUGGAUUUUGUCAAUUUAUUCGUAAUACAUCAUAUCAUAGUGAAGUAACACUAACAUUAUCUCCACAUAAACCAACACAAAUUCUUCAUCCAAAAACAACAACAUCAUCAUCAUCAUCAAAUAAUAGUGGUAUAACAUCAUCUGUUGCAUCUGAUUCUCAAAAAUUAAUAAAUACUAGUAAUUUAUCAUUAACAGAUGAUAGUUUUAAAACGAAAUCUACCGAUACAAUUGACAAAAUUGUAACACCAGUUGUUGCAUUUUGUAGUCGAAAUUGUGAUUUAUGUGCUGACGAAGAAAAACAUGAUCCUAGUAAAAUUCAUUUACCAUUACAAAUUAAACGUGAAGGUAGAUAUACAACUAUCAAUUGUCUUAAUAUGCCAUGUCGUUGUGCAAAAAGUAAAUAUGGAAUGUCACCAUUUGUUCAUCUAGGUGAUGGAUCAUUUGAUUUAAUUCUUGUUAAACGUUCUUGGCGUACAGGUUUUCUACGUUUUCUAUGGCAAGUUGCUAAUGAUAGUCGAACAAUAGAAGAUUUACCAAAUGUUGAACGAUAUCGUGUGAGUGAAGUUCUUAUACGUCCAAUAAAUACAGGUAGAAAGCAAGCAGGUAAUUGGUCUUGUGAUGGUGAAUUAAUCCAUGGAAAUGAAAUACAAAUACGUGUUCAUCGUCAAGCUCUUAGUCUUUUUGCUUCGGGUAUACAAUUUGAAGAAAAACAAAAAGCUGAAAAUAUCAAAAUAUCACCCACAAAUUUCUUUCCAUGUUUUCGAAAUAAAGACAAGAAAAUUUUUCAAGAAUCAAAUUCUUUUUGA